CGAUCAAAGAGGUGGUGAGGAAAUGUCUAAAGGUUGAGCCGAGCGAACGGCCGGAUAUCGAAGAGUUAAUACAUAUAGUGGAGGAGGUUAUUGACGAGCUACCUGAGGAUGACGCAUAGAUGAUGAGGUUUGGGAAGAGCUAUUUUUGCUUGUGUAUAUUGUAUACUAUAACCUUCUGUGUAGGCGACUAGGGACAGGUCAUGACUUUUGAGGUACCCAUGACACUUACGGUACUGCUCUGAGAGCGAACAGGUUACGCGGGUAUACCCUCGACUUUAAAACUUUUGCUUGGCUGGAUUCUGGAGGUUGAGGGCUGGGUUGAUCUUCAGCCCCGAGCUUAUAAGAGAAAAUUAUACGGCGUCUGUUGCUUUGAUGUUGUUGGUGCUUUGAGCUGACCUACCGUUUUUAAGUCUAGCCUCUCAUCGAAGAGUAACUUUAAAGAUGAAGGCAAAUCAUAGCAAAGGUCUUAGCGCUGUUGCUUUGGAUAUAAAUACCAGGUGUAAAUACCAGGUGCCGAGAUCAUUCCAUAUCGACAUGAGCUUCCCUUCCCCUAUUGCUACCAACCCUUUUGUGACUGAAUGUCUGGCCUAUAUCACGCCCAACAAAAUGGAGUCAUUAGCUAACUGCACCUGCGUGCUUCUUACCGCAACGACGCCUAUACUCGGUUUCGAGAUUUUCACGCCAGAAUUCCUCGGCACAUUCGCAGUGAUCUUCCCCUUGGCCGCAUACCCCUUCAUGUUCUCAGACCGGAACCGAACCUGCCAAAACGUCCUUGGCUUAACGGCAAUGUUCGCCUUAAUCAUACAAAUAGCCAACAACUAUGCCUGGGCUAUGGGCUACGAGUAUGCCGAGUUCUCGCCUUGGCUGCUCCCCUUGACCAUCUUCUCCGCGUUCGUCAGCCUCUGGGACGCGGACGGACACGAGUCGGAUGUCAACUGGCAACCGGUGCCUUUUGUCGACCCCGAGGCCAAAUAUGUCAUGCUGACAUUCUACAUGUUCCUGUCUCACGUCUUCACAGGCGUCAUUUCUCGCUUGGAACCAGCAACCUCGACGGACGACGCGCUCUAUCUCAUGGGCUUAGCAUUUGUCGGUUUCAGGUUCGCUCAUGACAUCUGUAACGACUUCAUGAGGACGACCGCCACGAUAUACCAUCGCCUCGCAACACGGCGCGUUCCGGGCUGGUUUUGGAUCCAUGCUGACGAGCCUGGAUUGUUCAGGCCUAGAUGGAGCGUCGUACUUACGGUGGUUGUGGCCAUGUCCGCGCCGGUACUGGCGUUUUUAUGGGCGUACAGCAUGGGGUAUAUCGUGUCGAUAAGUCAGAUUCCUGACGCCUCUACUGGCUUUGUGCCCAAUUCCAAAUUAUCGCAAUGCUAUUGUACGUGGAAUAGCCUCCGUGGGGAUGGCGAGUAUGGCGAGUAUGUCCUAUAGGAGGGAAAAGAUAGGUAGACUUGGGUUGCUGGCCGAAGGAAUACAUGUACCUAGAAACUUAGGUACUUAGGUACUUAGGCAAUAUGUGAUGUGUGGCGGUGGUGGCUUAUAUGUAUAUCUUCAAAGUUCCAAUUCAUUGGUUGGUGUUGCCUUCUU